UGCAGAGAUCUUAUAUUUAGAAUCUAUUUUAAAAAUAAAAACACACUGUUAAAAAUAACUUGGCAAAAAAGGAAAUGCUAAACACAAAAUACCUAACUAUUGCUCUCUGGGCAUAAAGAAAUAGAGCAUCUUUUUAUCUGAAGGGCAAACUGUAGGUUGUGCUAAGCUACACAGGAGAACUGUCUGGAACUACAGCAUUCAACAAAAGAUUAAGUCCAUGCACUUCUUAUAAUUACGUAUGAGUAUAAACUAUGGGCUCUCACUUGAACUUAUAAAUUAUCGUAUAGUUGCAAAUGCCACCAAGAAUAAUGCAAGGCUUAUACUGGCAGAUAUUAGAUAUUUUAUUUUAUGUUUUGGGAAAGAAUAGGUUACCUGCAGAUGUCUCAACAGUGUAUCAUUCCAACUGCACAGCUAAUAACUGCAUUAUGUGUACAUGCAACAGUUCCUCUGAUACUUUCUCUGCAAUACUCCUCUACUUCCUCUCCAAAACUGUUGAGCAAUAUUGCUAUGUAAUUCCAAACAGCUGCUGUGUUCACCCUAGUGUCUCUACAUCAGUAGCAAGUGAAAUGAUUUAUAUAUAUAGUUUGUAUAUCUGUUGUCAAUGUUUGUAAAGCACACUGAGAUUCCUCCUGAGGGAUAAGAGCAGCUAUAUGAAAGCAAGAGCAUUAAGAUCAUCAUUGUGUACAAUGCAGUUUAUCUUUAUCCAUGUGGUAGAAACAGGCAUUGAGGAAAGGGAUAGUCAGCAGAGAUGGCACAAAGCACUUGCUCUGAGCAGAUCCCAGGCAGGAAUGGUUUGUGCUGUCAAAGAUAAGCAAGCUCAUCUCACACUGUUAUUAGAGAUCAUGACAAUGUACUGAUACAACAUGAUUAAAAAGUGUUGGCUGUGUAAAAAGGAAAGAAGACUGGGAAUGGGAUGACCUUUAUUCAGUAGAAUUUAUUUGUCCCCCUUGUGUUCCCUGUUUUCGUGUGAUUCAGACAGGGAAAGGGGCAAUAAAGUCUGUUGCACCCUUUGCACCCAACUGCAUGUGUUGCUGAAUAAUGAAAUACACCAUCAGGAUCAGCAAAAAAAGGACGCUGGUUGGCUUCACAAAAUGAACAGCGAGUUUUCCUUCUUUUAAUCAAAGGUUGAGGAGUCUGUGAGUCAUGAAAUCUUCCUAUUUGCACGCAGCAGAUUUCUUUUUUUCCAGUGCUUCCCUGUGGCCAGUUUCUCCUCUUGACCAACCUUCCAAGAUGUAUCCUUACCUGCUUCCUGUCAGCAGCACCAUCAAAACUCCUGCACUUUUUUACUAUUCAUGACUCUUUUGUCUUUUUGAUAAGCAAGUCAGCCUAAAUAUUCUCACCAUCAAAAUGCAUUAGAUUAGUGGUUGUCCCAUAGCUUGUUUCUACCUAGCUUUCGCUAAACUUCUGGUUACCUUCCCAGCAGCUGUUGGGAAUGCUGUUUUCAAAACUAACCUGAGCAAAAAGGCAGCCCACAUGCACGUGUUUUUCAGUGAAAGCUGAUCACUGUUUGUGAUGCGGCUGAGUUGUUAAGCUACAGUCUGGAUCUGGAAUCUGCCUUCCCAACGGCCUGGGAUGUUCUGCUUGCAGGGUGUGCUGCUGGGACUUGUAUGGAAAAAGUCUGUCUUUGAGUUAGGCUGCUGAAUCUAAUGCCCAAGCAAAGACUGGUUUUGGUUCAACUUCAUCUUUAAAUUUAUCUCACUUUUCUUUCCCCAGCAUACAUGAAUGGAAUUAUCUUUCUUUCCCUUGUGACUGCACAUUUACGACAUCAGGAGAGAUGGUCUGGACAGUGGAAUCAUCUGGCAUAGAGAAAAGCAGCUGAAAAAUUAUUCCUUCAAAUGCCUUCAGCGCAUGCUUUAUCCUGUUUGCUCUGCUGAUACCACUGUUAAAUGAAUUUGGUCUAAGCAUCAUUUUUGCAAGUGCAAUAAGAAAAAUGAACAGAACUUCUACUCACUCACAGUCUUGUCUAGACACAUCAUCCAAGUUUCUUAUUCUUUGCAAUAUCUUAUGAAAUCAUGAAGAACAAAGGCUCUUAGGCAUUGCUGGCCUCAGUGUUUCAGAAGAACAUCUGUAGUUGACCAUCAUUCACUGUUAGUAUAGAAAAAAGAGUGUGAAGUUUAGCCUUUCAUUCUGUGGUUUCUCAUAUUGAAUGAUACCCAUCCAUAAAAAGAUAAUAUCAGAAUAAUAUAUCAUUUAUUAGAGGACAUGGUAAUGUAUAUACUCAUAUAAAAAUAGAAUUUAAGGGCUGCAAAUCAAUGACCUAUAGCAAGCAAUAGACUUUUACCAAAAUGGCCACUAGAGGCCUUCAUCUGCUAGGUUCUAUCAGAUUUAAUAGAAUUAUGUUGUGCACAGAGGACAAGGUCCACCCUAAAGCUCUGUGAAAUUCUAUUAACUUCAGUAGUGCAAUGUAAUCCUCCAUGUAAAAAAAAUCUUGCAUAAGCUUCAAAUAAACAUGGCAAGUUGAUUCUCCCUCAGAUCAUUCUUGAAAAGGAGAAUCAAUAAAUAAUCCAGUUGUGUGAUUUGUCACAGGCUAGGCAUGACACUGCCCAAGUGGUGCUUCCUGCACACUCCGGCAUGCCAGCCUUCUCCGUUCAUGUUGCAUUCCUACUGAUUGCGGUCUUCCAAAUGCCUCGGCACGAUAACAUUAUAGCUCCAUGAGAUAACCAUGAAAAUGAGAACAACUCCACUGCACAGCUGUGAGCUUGUUUUAUUUCCAACCCCUGUGGCAGCUCAGGAUUAAAUGUAUUUUUUAUUGUUCUUUCUCUACUGUUGUUCGAAUACAAAAUCAAUGUAAUUGUGCCUGUAAUUUUAUUUCCUGCCGUUCCCCUCUGUGAAGUUGGUAUUCUCCCGCUAGAAGGCUGCUCUAAAUAUGGCAAUGGUCAGUGUGUCAAUAAUCCCCCUCUUCAAGAGACCUACAAACAGUACUGUUGGGACAUUCUUUCUGUUCAGAUGUCUAGCUGACGUCUGAUGCUUAAAACAGAGCAUGCGUUCAUCCCUUCAUGCAUUGUCGUAAGCCCCCGAUGAUUACUCUUAAAAGGGUGCCUCAGCUAGUCAGGGAAACAGUUGCUGACCAAACGAGAUACAGCUUACUUGAUUCAGCCUUCUUGAAUGCCUAAUCAUUUUAGUUUUAUACCAGCCUGAUCAAACGGGACCAUGUCUACCUUUGGCUACAGAAGAGAGCUUAGUAAAUAUGAAGACAUUGAUGAAGAUGAGCUCCUUGCUUCUCUGACCGAAGAGGAGCUGAAGGAGUUGGAGAGGGAGCUGGAGGAUAUAGAGCCCGAUUGUAACCUUCCAGUAGGACAACGGCAAAAGAGUCUGACUGAGAAAACCCCAACAGGGACUUUCAGCAGGGAAGCGCUGAUGGCCUAUUGGGAGAGGGAGACCAGAAAACUCUUAGAAAAAGAAAGACUGGGCGCAUGUGAAAAGGAUUCAGAGCAAGAGGAAGACAAUGCAGAAGACAUUCAGGAAGAAUAUUUCACAGAAAGCAACAGUGAAGUGUCUGAGGAAGCAUAUACUGAAGAGGAUGAAGAAGAGGAAGAAGAUGAGGAGGAAGAUGAAGAUGAAAGUGAGGAAGAUGAGGAUGAAGAAAAGCAAAAUGCUGCAGCUGGUGAAAGAACUGUGAAUUGUGAAGGUGGCAGGAGUUCUGACCACAUUAAACGCAAGAAAUGUAACAGCCAGAAGGACAGUGAAAGCUUACUCAAUGGCCAUGAUGGAAAAGACACAGACAGUCUGAGCUCUAAAGCCAGUGCCAUCCACCCUUGUGGAAAUCCAACAGUUAUUGAGGAUGCUUUGGAAAAAGUUAGGAACAAUGAUCCUGACACCACAGAGGUCAAUCUGAAUAACAUUGAAAACAUCACUUCACAGAUGCUUAUACAGUUUUCUCAAGCCCUCAGGGACAACACAGUGGUUAAGUCAUUCAGUCUGGCUAACACUCGUGCUGAUGACAAUGUUGCAAUAGCUAUUGCUGGUAUGUUAAAGGUGAAUCAGUAUGUAACUAGUCUGAACAUCGAGUCAAAUUUUGUCACAGGCAAAGGGAUACUGGCCAUCAUGAGAGCUUUGCAGAAUAACAAGGUUCUAACAGAAUUACGAUUCCAUAAUCAAAGGCAUAUUAUGGGCAGCCAGGUGGAAAUGGACAUAGUUAAACUGUUGAAAGAGAACACCACUCUAGUCAAGCUGGGAUACCACUUUGAGCUUGCUGGACCAAGAAUGAGCAUGACAAGUAUCCUGACAAGAAACAUGGAUAAACAAAGGCAAAAGCGUAUGCAGGAGCAACGGCAACAAGAGUCUAGUUGUGAUGGAGCAAUCAAUCCUAAGACCAAAGUCUUGCAGAAAGGAACACCUCGGUCCUCACCUUAUGUAUCACCUAAGAGCUCACCGUGGUCCUCUCCAAAGCUCCCUAAGAAAGCAUCACCAACGAAAAGUCAAGCCCCAGCUCCAGCUACAGCACCCCCACCUCCCCCACCUCCUCCUCCUCCCCCACCUCCUCCUCCCCCUCCAGUUUUUCCAGAGAAGAAGGUACCAACAAGGAAUAUAGCUGAAGUCAUCAAACAGCAAGAAAGCUCAAAAAAAGCCUUACAAAAUGGACAGAAAAAGAAGAAAGGCAAAAAGAGCAAAAAGCAUGAGAACAGCAUAUUGAAAGAAAUUAAAGAUUCUCUAAAAUCAGUCUCAGACAGAAAAUCAGAAGAAGGUUCACGACCCUCCACUCGACCCUCCACCCCACAAAGGUCUCUCCAUGACAAUCUUAUGGAAGCAAUUCGAGCAAGCAGCAUAAAACAGUUAAGGCGGGUGGAGAUUCCAGAAGCCCUUCGGUGAGAGCGUGCAUGACAGAAGAACCAGAGCACGACAGUUGUCAAGGGGAGGUUACUGAUCUGUUCACUGGUGGUAAAAUAGACUGUAUAGCAAGCUGCUUCCGAAGUACACUCUUAGAUUUGAACCAGUUUUCUUUUCUUUUAAAAGAAACGAACCCACUAAACACUAAACAAUGCUUUAAGGAUACAUCUGCCUUAUGAUCUGUAAAUAUGGAAAUAAUUUUCUUUUUUUUAUUUAAUGAGAUUUCUAUUGAGAAAUUUCUGCUUAUUUAGAUAUUCUUUUCAAUAUCUGAUUGCACAUCACUGUACAAGUUCUUUGCACUGAGAUGUAAUAGUUUACUGCCCUGCAGUUUCUUUUUCCUUUUUUCUUUUUUUCCAUGAAUUUACAAUAAACAUGGUUUGAAGCAUCUAAGCAGAAACAUA